AUGCCACCUCGCACAUCAAAAAGGGUCAAGCAGCCUGCUACUCCCAUCAGUGGGAGAGUUGAGAAGUCGCAGCAGUCAAAGACUCAGAAAAAGAAUAAAAGCGUUAUAGAGCACGAAGUUCAGGCCUCAGGACAGAGCAUUAAAGGUGGAUUGACAGCAUUCAAGACUAGUCCAUCCGCCCAGUCUGUCUCUAGUGCGAAUAAUAGACAUAAGGUUCUUGAUCUGGACACGUCUUAUGUCGGAAGGGUCCGAUUGCCGAAAAAAGCCCCAAAGCCACCACGCCACCGUAGAUGGAAGCACAAGGGAAAGCAGUCUCUAGAGGACCCUACACAGCUUCCUGAUGAUUGGACUGACAGCGAGCCUGAUCUAAGCGAUGACGAUUUCGAUGCUCAGAUUGAGCGCUGUCAAGAAAGAAUCAAGGAUAAUAUCAUGGUAUCACGGUUUGAAAUAAGGCUGGAAGAUUUGAGGGCGGACAAAGCUCAGAGGGAGUUUUUUAUUGACUCGGAGCCUUACGGGCUUAGCUGGCCCGUAAUCCAACGCCUGAAUUGUCUGAAGCAAAUGGAAGAGGACCUGAGGAAGAACGAUCCUUACAAACAGCUGGAAACUGUGCGAGCUGUCAUGAAGGCAUACCGACAUCAUGAUCUUGAAUGGAAUCACGGCUUGGUAACCUACUGGGUCAAAGAUCGUCAGCUUUGCCAGCCGCGUCCAUUCAGUUGGGAUGAGAUGGACCAGGUGAAGGAAAACAAUGCAAAGGAAGAGAGCUUUUGGAUUGAAGGGGCAAGUUGA